CACAGGAACUAUAUAUAUAUAUAUUUAUUUUUUUAUUAUUUUUUUUAGGAAAAAAAAUGCAGUACAGAGGCAUCUUCCCUGCAACAUGACUAGAUAGUGAGAAUAGUUAUUUUGACAACAGGAACAAAUCUUUGAUUUGGAUUCGAUUUUUGAAUUGUGACGUUGGUGGCGUUGGGGUGGCCCUGGCUGGGAGAGAGGGGUUUCCCCUUUUCCUCGGCAUCCAAUCACAAACUCUAUAGGGUGUGACGUUACACUGUGUCCUGGAUCGAGGUUCCCCUCACGUUAUUGACUUCUUUCUCCCCACUUUCCAGCCUUUGUAAAUACACAUUGAACACAUCCAUAUGCACAUAUGCACGUUCCCACAAGCCCUGUAUUAGGAAUUAUGCCUUUACAAAGGGAAUAACGCUAUUUUGAUUCCAUUGAUUGGCACUGUCACAGUCUGACAGAGGUAUUAUUUUAUGCAUUACUUUAUUGUUGCGGUGGCAGUUUUCAGUGAUGUAAAACAACACUGCAUCGCACAUUUUCCAGUGAUGUAUAUGAGCAUCUCAAAUACGCUAAGGUUAAAUAAGUAAAUAAAUGAUUGACCACUGCAAAUUGUAUUACUCUUUGAAAAUAAGUACCUUUUGUAAUGUCAACAUUAUUGAUGCAACUUUUAUAUUAGACCCUAUUAGAUGUGCGGGUACACCUUAAGAUAGAUUGAAACAUUUGUAGAUAAUCCAUUCAUCCCGUGAGGGAAAUUAGAUUGUCACAGCAGAAAUAGUCACAAUUACACCCAAAUAGGAGCAACCAACAAAGCGAAUACAAUGAUUUUUGUUAUAUACAAAAUAACAUUUAACAUUUAAUCGCGUCAUAACCAGUGGUCGACCGAUCGGCCGCUCAAGGAAACCACCCGACAGAACUAUGGUGCACUGUACGAAAUGUUUCGUGUUUUGUUUUUGUGGUUCCUGAAAUGUUAAAGUAUUUCACAAUUUGUUAGAUUGUUUUGCACUUCCAGGCCACCGCAGUAAUACUCUACCAGUAUGAACAUUCUGUAUAAUAUUGAGCAAAGAAAAAUGUAACUCUUCUCGGCAAAGAAAAAAAAAAAGUUUCAUCAUCAAAAUAUACUGUAAAUUCAAUACAUUAAGUAAUAGAUGGGCAAAUAUGAGUUGUGUGGAAAGGAUUACCUUAAUAUAUCAAGAUUUUUCUUUUCUUUAUCGAUAACUAUGAUUUUAUUGGUUCAACAAAAUUGUAUGUAGAACUCUAGAACUGAAUGCAAAGCAGAUGUGGAAGAUUUAGAAAACUCUGUCCGCUUGUCUGUCUGUCCCUUGUGAUCAAUAUACCAUGCGAGGCUUUUGAUAUCAUUGACGUCAGCUUAGAAAGUGACUCAGGCCUUUGUUAGGCAAGGACAAAUGAGAAAUAUCAAUUUAACAUGUUGUUUAUGCUUAAAUGAUCUAAACGGAGAUUUGCAUGCAGGUGUGUCCUACUGAACACACACUGAUCUAGUAAAAAUGGAGUCAUUUGUUAAACAUCUUGCCCUUCCCUUGUGAGAAUAAAAGCAAAUGGUGAAAAUAUAGUAUAGUAUAUUCAAUAGUAUUCUAAGCCACUGUUACAUUAUGCACACGUUACCCCACUUCUUGCCCCAAGUCAGCUGGCAUGGGCUCUGGCUCACCCACGACCUGAACGAGGACAAGCGCUCCAGAAAAUGGGUGGAAAAAAUUUACGCAUAACGCCUCUGACAACACCACAUCACAAUCCUCAACACAUCUUUUUACAAGAUGGCCCCGCAUCAUAUUUAGACACUUGAACUCAAAAUGGAAACAUGUCCCUUUUCUUAUUGUUCUUCGUGUGCUAUUAUUUUCGAAUCGAGAAUCCGAUUGAUUUUGAAGCUACGAUACAUACAAUAGCUAAGGUCGAAGUUCAAACCAGUAUCCCUCGGGCACUAAAGCAUGUCAAAGGUCAGUUUGUUUGUUUUCUUUCGACUUCCGGCACAUAAAUGUCAUCUGCUAGUUUCUUUCUGAAAUUGUUAAACUUCAUUACGAUCUUCAUAGGAUGGGCAUUCAACUACAUUUUCUUAACUGACAAUGAGGCAAAUUAAUAGUUAACUAAUUGAUUUAAAAAAAAAAAUAUAUAUAUAUAAUAAUUAAAGGGAUGGCAUCAUUUCUGAAUGUUGAGAACUCCAUGCCAUCAAUUUCACACUAAUGACAGUAUGUGUAAUGAUCAAUGAAUUUAUUGGUAUGCCCAUCACUACUUCAUGGAUGGAUAACAGGAGGACUUGGAUGGGGUGGCGGCACGGUGGACGACUGGUUAGAGCAUCUGCCUCACAGUUUUGAGGAACGGGGUUCAAUCCCCAGGCCCGCCUGUGUGCAGUUUGCAUGUUCUCCCCGUGCCUGCGUGGGUUUUCUCCGGGCACUCCGGUUUCCUCUCACAUCCCAAAAACAUGCAUGGUAGGUCAAUUGAAGACUCUAAAUUGUCCGUAGGUGUGAAUGUGAGUGCGAAUGGUUGUUUGUUUCUAUGUGCCCUGCGAUUGGCUGGCGACCGGUUCAGGGUGUACCCCGCCUCCUUCCCGAUGAUAGCUGGGAUAGGCUCCAGCGCUCCCGCGACCCUUGUGAGGAUAAACGGCUCACAAAAUGGAUGGAUGGACUUGAUGGGGUUAAAUCUCCUGAUAAGUAAGUAAAAUAAACCUCAUGUGUUAUUCAUGACAUUCAACACGUGUUUCCUCCCCUGGCUACUUCCUGCCUGUAGCCGCUCAUCUUUCCAUCUCAGAGGCAAAAAGCCUUUCAAACAAAAAACCAUCAGGACCAACAACAACGAGAAUAAAAGCACUUAGCGGUUGAGCGACCCAUCUUAUUUUUCACAAAUGUGACAAAUCCAAUUGAGCCACAUUGCUUUAAGGCCUCAAAUCAAAUCAGUCCUUUGGUCUGGUUCAUUACACUUGGGAUUUGCUCUCCUCCUAUUCAGGAUCAUGUUUCUCAUAAAGUGGAACUAUAGAAAUGAUCAAUGCGUACCAGUACUGUUGUGUUCACUGAUAAUCGGGCAACAUCUCUCAGCCUCGUCGUUAAGCGUAGCAUCAUUUACAUGCUUGUAAAGGGAGUGCUUCACCCCACACCUGCGCUAGAGGAGAGAGCCAAUGACUGGUGAGGUGAAUGGAAAGCGUGCAGAGUGCUGCGGGACUUCCAUUUCCUCACACAACAAGCGUUUAAUCACAGAGAAACGCUGGGCAAGGGGCAACGUCGAUACGGGAGUGAGUGGAGGGGAGACAGAAAAACCGGAGAGGAACCAACGUUGGAAAGGAUUGUCCUCUAAGUGCCUUCAUAUUUUCUUUUAUGUUUUACAUUCUGUAACAUAAUCAGCACAUUUUGUGGACCUCUUGAUAUACUGCACUUUUUGAAUUUGAAGUACACCCCCUUAUUAUUGUGUCUAUUUAAUAUUUCAUUUAAAUGGUGUAAUUUUAAUGUAUGCAGUGUAUUUUGUUUUCCUUAUUUUAGUUAUUUAUAUUAUUUAGUAAUAUUUGUCCUAUAUUUUUUAUAUGUAAUUGUAUUUUUUAUUUGUAUAUGAUUGUUAGCAAAGUAAGAAUUGCCACUGUGUUUCUAAAUGUGCAUUUGACAAUAACCAUCUUUACUGUUAAAUAUUUGCAGAAAACUGUUACGAUCGUGAGGAGUAUCAUCCUAAUGGGGCUUAAGUGACGUGAUCAAAUGAUGAAGGGCGUUCUUGUGCAGUCUCUCCAAAGUUUUUUUUAUGAAGAUAGUAGAAUAGGAAAGUAGCAAGACAUGGACGAUCACACACUUGAUUCGUGCAGAUUGGCGCAUGGACAGUGUGUCCGUGUGUGUGUGUUCGUGUUUUCGAGAAAGCACUCAUUUCACACACCAACCAGAGAGGAAAAAAACCAUCCUGCCCUCCCCACCAUCUGCUGUCAGGUGUUGUCAUUCCAUCUUUAUACAUUUGUUGCCCACAUUUACUCAUUGAGCCUCGACUGUGGUCUGCUCUCGACCCCGGUGAUGUCGUCUCUUCUGAGGGAGGAGAUGCAAAGGGUUUUAUUCCGACCUGCAAAACAGAGACUGAUGGAAUUUAUUGAGAUUGAGGAACCGGAGAUCGGGAGACACUUCCUCUGCGUCUCAGUUACAAACAGAAAAAGGAUGGUGCAGUUAUGUAUAGUGCGGUGCCAGAUAACACAGACGCCCAAUAAAUCUAGAUCCGAGCGGGCCCACACCAAACGCUCCAGCAUCCAGGAGUGCUACAGGAAGACAGAAAUCUGGUCCCUGCAAGACCUGACUCUGGUGGAUGGACGAGACCCUGAUGUGGAUGACCCGUUUUUCUUGCUCCACUUUGACAAGGUGCGUACCGUGCGCGCCGUCAGCUGCUCGGCCAAAUACGCUAUCGUGCGUGCUCUGGUUGCUCUGAGUGAGCAGUACUGUGAAAGGUCACUCAACCUGGACAACUUUGACUGGGCCUACAUCAAGCCCACGUCCUUCUACUCCAACAGAGGAGACUGCGUGGUGCUUUCACAGAUAUGCUUCUAUGCCUUCAACUUGGUAUGUCUGUCCAUGUGUCCUGUGCCCCUGGAAGCAUAAUGGAGAUCCGCAAUGAUGUUUGUGUUAGUGUGUGUGUUUAGGUCACAAUGCUUUAAUGUGAUUACUGCACAUAUUAACAUGCAUUGAAAUGGAAUAAUUCAUUGAAUGGAGUUACCUGAUAUUCAUUUCCUAGGAAUGAUGUAAAAGUGAUCAUUUGAAAAUGGAAAACACACAAAGAUUUAUCAAAAUAAAGU